GCAAUCUUAUCAGAGUCGUGGUAAAAAUAUUUCUCGCCGUACGAUUUUAUACAGUAGGCACGUUAUUGCUUCACAAGUUCAUCUCGUAUUCCACGAUGCCGAAAGUACCAUUCACUUUUAGAGGACUUAUCGUCCCCGUGUUUUCGCCGUUUAAUAAUGACAGCACAAGAAGUCUAAACUUGUCAAUCAUACCACAAUAUGCCAACUAUUUAGCAUCAAAGAAGGUUACCGGCAUUCUUGUAAAUGGAACAACUGGAGAAGGACCAUCUCUAUCUCUGACUGAAAGGAAGAUGGUUGCCGAAGCAUGGGCAAACGCUGUAAAAACGACGAAACAACAUUUGAUGAUUCAAGUUGGAGGCGCACCCCUUCCCGAUGUCCUUGAACUCGCAAAGCAUGCUGAAAGCAUCAAAGCAGACUCCAUUCUCUGUUUACCGGAACUAUAUUUCAAACCAUCGACAUCGACGCAAUUGGCGGAAUAUUUGAAAUUAGUUGGCUCUGCAGCUCCGAAUACACCUCUUCUAUAUUAUCAUAUUCCAAUGUUUACUAAUGUGAAUGUGCAUAUGGGACAAUUCCUUGAAUCUCUUGGUGAAACAAUUCCGACAUUCGUAGGAAUAAAAUUCACGAGUGCCAACUUGGAAGAAGGUGCUCAGGCAUUGAAUGCCCACAAUAAGAAAUACGUAAUAUUCCUAGGAAAUGAUCAGUUAAUAAACGCUGCCUGUGCAUUAGGAAUGGAUUCAGUCAUAGCAACAGGCAUAAAUAUGCUUCCAGAACUUGUAUUCGAAAUUUUCAAUGAAAUGAAAGCCGGAAACUUGUUGAAAGCAAAAGAAAAACAACAACAACUCACAAAGGCUGUGAUGGUUAUAUCACAACAUGGUAACUGGGUAGAAACUAUGAAGGUAGCAAUGCCCUUAUUAACUAAUAUCAACGUUGGACCUACACGCGCACCUUUGAAAGUUUUACCCCCGCAAGUUAGAACAGUGAUGGCAAAAGAUUUACAAAUUCUAGGAUUUCAUGUAAAAUUGUAAUCUAGUAAAAGCAGCAGACAUAUGUGAAUGAAUAUAAAAAAUAUUUUUAUAAAGAAAUA